AUGCACCAGGCGAAUCAAUCCUCAGUAAUGUAUUUUAUCAUUAAAGGAAUUUCCGAAGUCCCUCAGAUGCUAUCAUUCAUCUUUCUUUUGGUUCUGUUAAUCUACCUCAUGACCCUUGGCGGCAAUUUUGCAGUUCUUUUUCUUGUGUGUGCCGAUUGUCACCUGCACACUCCCAUGUAUUUCUUCCUAUGUAAUCUGUCCCUGGUAGACAUAUUCUCCACUACAGUCACUCUACAUAAAAUGCUUCUAAUAUUCAUAACAGGAGACAAUACUGUAUCCUUCACUGCUUGUAUGGCCCAGAUGUGUUUAUUUUCAUGGUUAUCAGGUAACACAUUGAUUAUACUAACAGUCAUGAGUUUUGACCGCUUUAUGGCAAUCUGUAACCCAUUACGUUACCAUAUGAUUAUGAAGCCCGUUUUAUGUAUUUUGCUGGUACUUUUUUGCUGGUCAUUUAGUCUUUUACAAGUUAUUCCUCCUGUUAUCAUAUUAUCAAGGCUCUCUUGUUAUAUAAACAAUGAAAUUAAUCAUUUUUUCUGUGACAUUAUACCGUUGUUAAACAUCUCCUGCAGUGACACCUACAUUCUGAAGCUGCUGAUAUUUACAGAGGGGGUCCUACUGUCAACUCUCACUCCUUUCCUUCUGACUUUUAUCUCUUAUGUUUGUAUUAUUAUUUCCAUAUUGAAGAUAAGCUCCAGCUUUGGGAGACUAAAAGCUUUCUAUACAUGUUCCUCACAUCUAACAGUGGUCAUGCUGCUAUAUGCAAUGCUAGUCUUUCAGUACCUGAUCCCAACAAAUUCCUUAGAGUCCCAUAAGUUUUUUUCCCUUUUAAACACAGUGGCAGUGCCCAUGUUAAAUCCAUUAAUUUACAGCCUGAAAAAUAAAGAUGUAAUGUCAGCCUUAAGACGAAGGCUUUUAUUUUAUAAAAUGGCAAAUGAAACAUUUAGCCUUCAGGCUUGA